UUGAAGUUCAGGAAAUGACCUGCAGCUCAGCAAGUGGAGUCAAAGUAAGUGUUUUGUUCUUCCAGACUCUCAAUAGCAGUUUUCCCCUCUGUGUUUUAUUCCCAAUCACUGAUUGGAAUAGGGAGAGUGGAUUCCCAGAAUGUUGCUGAUCCUUCUCUCCAUCUCCCUGUGCUUUUCCCGGGUCUCUCCCGACACCGACUCACUGACUGUGAUCUACACGGCAGUCUCUGGCAUUAAGGAUUUUCCGGAGGUAACUAACAUUGCGAUAGUCAAAGGGGUUCAACUCAAUUAUCAUGACACUAAUAUUGGUCGGAUGGUCCCCAGGCAGCAGUUCAUGGUGGAUUAUUUUGAUGCAGAAUACUGGCAAUAUCUCACAGCUAUCGCAAAUACACUAUCGGGAAUGGCAAAGGAGAAUCUGAAUACAAUGAUGAAAAGUACAAAUCGGACAUCUGGAAUUCACACAUUUCAAUGGAUAGCAAUUGCCGAGGUCACUGAUGACGGCUCUAUUAAGAGAUCGAUGCGAGUUGGAUUUGAUGGAAAGGAUUACCUCAGCUUAGAUCCAGAUAGAAUGAGAUGGAUCGCAACCAAUCACAAUGCAGUAAAGACUAAAGAGAAAUGGAAUGCUGAUCAAUCCUGGAACAAAGAUUGGGAAACACGUCUGGAGCAAAGAUUUGUUCAGCAUUUAAAGAGAUAUCUGGAAGCUGGAAAGCAGUAUUUUGGAAGGAAAGUUCAGCCUGAAGUGUACAUCUCCAGGAGGGAGCCCAAUGGUCAGGACAAGCCGCUCACUCUCUCCUGCCUGGUCACUGGGUUUUAUCCUGCAGACAUCGAGGUGACCUGGCUAAGGAACAGAGAGGUCAUGUCUGAGACAUAUUCCUCAGGGGUACGACCGAACCACGAUGGGACCCAUCAGAUCCAGAAAGAGAUUGAGAUCAAUGCUGGGGAUGAGGAUCAAUACUCCUGUCAAAUUGAACACAGCAGCCUGGCAGAGGCCCAGCUCUAUCAGUGGGAAAUCCCAGAAAACAGUGUGGUACGUUCCCAUCUUAUACUUUUGAUUGGAUUAUUCGCUGCAAUGGCUGCAAUAUUCGGAAUAAUCAUCUGGAAAAGACCCUGGAGAGGUUCCCCAAGUGGGACCUACACAACAGCUCCCAGGACUAAUGUAAUCACUGUGAUUUACACAGUUGUUUCUGGAAUUAAGGAUUUUCCUGAGAUUACAAACAGUGCAACGGUCAAUGGAGUUAUAACAGCUUCUCGUGACAGUAAAACCCAACAGUGCAUCCCCAGACAGCAGUUCAUGGCAGAAUCCUUCAAUGUGAAUUUCUGGGAUUAUCUCACAGAUCGGGUAAAAAUACGUGCAAACAUAGCAAAGGAAACAAUGAGUGCAGUAAUGAAGAGGACAAACCAGACAUCUGGAAUUCACACUUUUCAACAGAUAGCUACUGUUGAGGUCAGUGAUGAUGGCAGCAUUAAGACAUCGAUGAGAUUUGGAUUUGACGGAAAGGAUUUUAUUAGUUUAGAACCAGACACAAUGAGAUGGAUCGCAUCCAAUCCCAUUGCAGUGAUGACUAAAGAGAAAUGGGAGUCUGAUGAUUCCUGGAACAACUACUGGAAAAGACACCUGGAAGAACUCGUUGUUGAAUAUUUAAACAGAUAUCUGGAAGCUGGAAAAGAUUAUUUCAAAAGGAAAAUUCAGCCUAAAGUGUUCAUCUCCAGGAGGGAGCCCAAUGGUCAGGACAAGCCGCUCACUCUCUCCUGCCUGGUCACUGGGUUUUAUCCUGUAGACAUCGAGGUGACCUGGCUAAGGAAUGGAGAGGUCAUGUCUGAGACCCAAUCCUCGAGGGUUCGACCGAACCACGAUGGGACCCAUCAGAUCCAGAAAGAGAUUGAGAUCAAUGCUGGGGAUGAGGAUCAAUACUCCUGUCAAAUUGAACACAGCAGCCUGGCAGAGGGCAAGCUCUAUCAGUGGGAAAAUCUGAAAAGCAAUUGGCUGCAUUCCCAUCUUGGAAGUCUCAUUGCCUCAAUGGUCAUUCUAUUGGCUGUUAUUGUCGGGAUAUUCGGAAUAAUCAUCUGGAAAAGGUCACGGAGAGGUUCACCAAGUGGGACCUACACAACAGCUCCCAAUACAUUCACGACUACAUCCCAGGGUACUGAAGGAGGUGGCUCGGGAAAUCGUGGAUGCGUUGGUGAUUAUUUUCCAGAGUUCGAUAGACUCGGCAUCGGUUCCUGAGGAUUGGAGGGUGG